CUCCUCCUCGUCUGUUGGCUCAUCAUUCUAGUUGUGGAGUGAAGGCACUUUGCCUGACAGGUGCCACCGAGGCAGCAAAAGUCCUGCUACGCUAGAUCUGAAUUUAGUUUUCCGUGUUUUAUCUUAGGUUUUUAUUUUAUUGUAUUUUUUUUUUCAUGGAAGUUCCCCGAUUCGCACUCCUGUCCAGGUGGUGACGGUAUUGCGCCAGGAAAACAAACGUAACCGCUGUUAAGAAGGGGGGGGGAGAGAACGCAAGAAAGACAGAAGAAGAGCAGGAAGCCGAAGAAGAAGAAGGAGAAGAAGAAGAAGAAGAAGAAGAGAUUUGUUGGCUGGUAGGCUGCCGUGCUUGGCGUCCUCUGAAACUUCAGGAGUUUUGCCGCAUUUGAUGACUUUCUCGGCCUGAUUCUUUCCAGCCGGCGACUCCUCUGGUUCCUCCGGCUACAGGACUCCCAAGAAACUCCUUCUUCCCAACACGCGGAUGCCUGCGCGCCGCACGUAUCGCUGCGUCCCGUCUCGCCUCCUCCGCGCUGGUUCGACCGCCGCCUCCUCCGACAGAAACCUUGUAAAAUGGCCUCGGACGAGCUGUCCUCCAAGCUGAACCGCCGGCUACAGAUCGAAGAAGGAGUCGAGGAGCCGGUGGCGGUGGACGGAGACGGACACGAGAACGGGACGGAGGAGGAGGCGGAGGAAGAGAAGCCUUGCACGGCCAACGCGGACGCGGAGCUGGGCGCCAAACUGCUGCGGCGCGGCGAGCCUCCGCAGCAGCCCAGCAUGAAGGUGUUCAACCCGUACACCGAGUUCAAGGAGUUCUCCAGGAAGCAGAUCAAGGACAUGGAGAAAAUGUUCAAAGAGUUUGAUGCAGGGAAGGACAACUUCAUUGACCUUAUGGAGCUGAAACUGAUGAUGGAGAAGCUGGGCGCUCCCCAAACCCACCUGGGCCUGAAGAACAUGAUCAAAGAGGUGGACGAAGACCUGGACAACAAGCUGAGCUUCAGAGAGUUCCUGCUGAUCUUCAGGAAGGCGGCGGCCGGAGAACUGGAAGAGGACAGUGGCCUCAUCGUCUUGGCCCGUCUGUCAGAGAUCAACGUCUCUACUGAGGGCGUGAAAGGAGCCAAGACCUUCUUUGAGGCCAAAGUCCAUGCCAUCAAUGAGUCCAACCGCUUUGAGGCUGAGAUACGCCAAGAGCAAGAGGAGAAGAAGAAGCAGGCGGAGGAGAGGAAGCAGCGACAAGCAGCCUUCAAGGAGCUCCAGUCAGCAUUCAAAUGAUCUCCUCCAUCUUCACCGUUGGACCCUUCGUUCAGCCCUUCUGUGAUGUACCGUCUCUCUUUCUGUCGUUUCAUACGUGUUUGCUCUAGAAAGCUGUGCUUUGGAAAGUAAGUGAGCAAGGCAGCAGUGAUUUGUGUUGGGUUAAGCACUGGUCUGUUGUACGAUGGGUUGCAUCUAUUAGUUCCAGGGUACCACCACUACCCGCAAUGAUGGUGGUUUUGUCUGUGUCCUCUGGAGAACAUUGUAAGUUCAUGUCCCUUCACUGUUAAUGUUUUCAUCAAUGACACUGGUUGUGAAAGUGUGAUGUAAAGGCUUUUAAAGGGUGGUGGUAGUGACGAUGCUUAAUUGUAAUAUUGUGUUGUAACAUUUUGUUUGAACAUGGUGUCCAGUGCCUGUUUGUUCAGUCCAUUGUAAAUGGUUUGGUAACUUGGUGACUCCAUAGUUUGGCUGUACAUGUCGUAUCCUGUAAGUUUCAUUCUGUCCUGGUUGCAGUGUAAUUUUCUUGCCGGAGUGUCGGAUCAACCUUUCCUGAUUCCGUGAGAUACUCCAGCAGGAUGUUCCAUACACAUAAUUACAUCCUAAUAUUGGGUUUAUUCAGUGUUUAAUUUUGACCGAUAAUCUAGCUCUAUUUUUAAUGUUAGCUCUAUAUUUUUUAAUAUUGGGGCAGGGUGGGAUGGGGGUGGGGUUUUGCAUGAGUGGUGGUGGGCAUUUAUUUUUAACCAGUGUGGUUUGCAUGAGCACUGUGAAGUUCUGACAAUCCUGAGCGUCUUCUUGCUAACCACCCCUGUCGAUAAGCUACUGACAUGCAACACUGUUCUACCAAAUGGCAGUCUGUACUGAACACAUUACUACUGCUCAUUCUGAUUCAACUUGGAUGGAAAGAGCACAGAUCAGGAAGUCUGGUGGAGCAAACAUACUGCAGUACUGGACUUCCCAGUAGUGCUUCCUGUCUGGUGAUGUCACGUGACUGUGACACAUCCAUGGGGAAAUUUGGGUAAAGGAGAUGGAUGAAUUUGGUGUUCAAUUUCAUAGCAUGUUUGUACCUCCGGGUAUUCAUACAGACGAGGUUUGUACCCGUUAUGUGUUCAAUACAUAACGGUGGCUUUAAUCCCAAACUCACUCAAAGCAUUUUAACUUGAUGCUGAUUGAGCCGCAUUUGGUCCGCAUGUGGCCGUUCAGUAUUUCAGCUCUGUAUGCAGAAGCUUAUCAAACCUGUCAUACAGAUGAAUUUGGAUAACUAAGCAUCAAACAAAAUGAUUUUCCAACCCACGUCCAUGUCAAAGCAGUACUCAGCAAGAGACAUGCUGUGGUUUCUCCUUUACUCAGUUUUGCAAGAUGAAACUUGUGUGAUGCACUCGAUCAGAAAUCAACUGAACCUUUCAAAGCUUUGCCAGAUAUCUGCACAAUUUGCACUCGUUUGGUCAUUUGCAUGAGUUUAAUCAAGAGAUUUAAUGAUUUAAAAAAAAUCAAUUAGCUUCACGUUUUGCUUAAAGAAACUAACCCAGCUAAACUGACAUGUUCAUGUUUUGCGUUAGAGCACAUUAUAGAAUAUUUUAUAUAUUGUUUGUCCUCAUAAAGGGCUUGGCUUUUGAAAGUAAUAUUGUGGCUUCAAAGCAAGUGGGUGAAGCGGAGACUGAAGGGAAGGGGUACGAUGAUUUUCAAUAUUCGGCAGGAUUUUGGUGUGAUGACUGUAAACUUGGUAUCGUCUGGUGAUACGGUGCGUCACGGCACAUCGCAACUGAGAAGCGGUGAUAUAAAUAUAUAUUUUUUUCAUGACUAAAUUCAAAAAUAAUUUUAGUUUUAUAUGUAGAGGAGGGAUUUUGUGAAAUCUUCUGUGUUAUCGUGGCUGCUGAACACAAGCCGGUCUGUCAAGGUAAAGAAGCGACAGCCGCUGGCUCGCCUUACAGUGAAGGGGACGAGCCGCCUGCUUGGUCUGCGAGUAAAGAGACCGGUUUGUUUUUCGUCGUGACGUAGAGGUUGGUUUGUAAACCGUGUUUGUGUCAAAUGCUGAAGUGAAAUCUGUUGUUGGCUUCUGUUUUUAUGUUCUCUGCUGCUCCCGUUUGUCCAGAACAAACCAACUUUUAACUGAACCCAAAAAGAGGAAGAACAGAACAAAUGAAUUCAGUGUUUCCCUACGUUCUCUUAUUCAUUCCUUUGUCUUUAUGCCCUAAACAUUCUCAUGACCGUUGGGAACAUUGUGCCAAAAGUGCUUUCUCUACACUUCAGUCCAGUCUGACAUUCCCAUGAGAACGUAGAAUUUAAAAUGCUUAAAGAUCGCUUUAACAGUUGGAAGAGAUGCUGUUCCUCACAUUGAGCUCAGUGUAAUGAAGUGUAGUGGAAAUCAGACGUCCCUGACUCGGACCCAGAAGCCUGUUUAUUCUCUGCCUGAAGAAAACUUGUUCAUCCAGAAUAAGAUAAAACAUUGUUAUCUGAUUAUUAUUGUUAUCGUAUUGUUAUCACUUAUUUGAAGAUUUGGUUCGAGUUUAGAGUUUGCGCUCCUCCUCAGUGUUUGGACUGAUUCCUUCUGAUUUUCAGGGCUUCAUUCUUUUGCUGUGAUUUGAACAAUUCAGCGUUUCUAAUUGUUUUUCACUGUAUUGUCCCACAGACUAAUGGAGAAAUCUGUCUGCUCCAUACUUGCUUUUAUUUUUAACUGUAACAAAAAGGCAUUAUUAUUUUUGUUGCAAUAAAUUUCGAUUUCUAA